AAGACAUAUUAUUUUAAGUUUUCAACUGUAUAGUAUCUGAUGAGCAUUAAAUUAUUUCGUUUACUUAUAAACUUUAUGUUUGCUGUGUAUUUUCUUAGGGUUACACUUUUUUUUCUUAGUUUUUAGGGACGUUUUUAUUAGAUUAUUUAUUUGAGUUUUCAAAAGUUGUUAAAAAAAAUGGCAUCAAUGAGCGCAGCAAAGAAAAAACAAGUAUCUCAAAAUCAAUUGCGUUUAUUAAUGCUCAAACAAAAAUUGCAAACUCAGAAAGUCAAAAAGAAAAUUGACUCACCACUGGCAAAAUAUAGCAAUAAUGGUCAAUUGUCUUGUAUUGUAUGCAAAUUUAAUAUUAAAGAUGAUUCAUCUUGGAGUGAUCAUAUAAAUUCUAAAGUUCAUAAAGAAAACAUUUCCAAACGAAAACCAGAAUCAUCAAAAAUGACUGAAAGGUUGGCAGUGACUACUGAAAGUUUAAAGCGUACUUUACCAAAACAAGAUAAUUCUGUGGCUGUACCACAAAAAAAGUUAAAAGGUAUUUUAAAGAACUAUACUUCACCAGUUCCAAGUGUUCCUAGUGAUUUCUUUGAAAGUCCUGUUUCGACUAAACCAAUAUCAGAAAAUGUGGAACAAAAAAAUGUAGAAAAAAUGGAGGAAGAACCAGAAUGUCUAGAUGAUUCAAACUUAGAUAAAGGUGAACUUCCAAAAGGAUUUUUUGACGAUCCAAUGUUGGAUGCUAAAAUACGAAAAGAGGAAUAUGUUAGUUCAAUAGAUGAAGAAUUUUUAAAAUUUCAAAAAGAAAUGAAAGAAGAAAAUAUGUUAUCUGAACAAAUAAUGGCAGAUAAUGAAGAUGAAGCUACUUAUGGACGUCAAGUGGAAGAGAUUGACGAACAAAUCAAACAUUGGUCAAAAGUGAUUGAAUUAGAGAAAAAAAGAGAAAAAAUUUCUUUAGCUACAGAAAAUAUGAACAAAAUGAUAAUUGAAAAUGAAGUAGAAGAAGAUGUAGAAUCCGAUGGUUCAGAUUUAGAUGAAUUUAUUGAUUGGAGGUCUAAAAGUUAAUAAAAUUUAUCACGUAAUCAAGAAUGAAUGUUAAAUAUGUAUUUUCAUACUAAAAUUACUGUAACAAAUAAAAGAAAUAUUUUUUAUGGUAAUAUUUGUAUAACCUAUAUGUGUGUUUGAUGUUAGUUAUUAAUUUUCUUUUUCAUAAUAAAUGUAUUUAUUGAAUA